GAUACUUUUGAAGGUGAAAAGUUGCGAUUAUCUUGUGCUCAGGCACUUCAGUUGCUUCGCAUGAUGAACUUUCAAUUGGAGGCACUUCGUAUGAAAUUGCUGUUAGAACUUUCAGAAUUACGAGCGCAGUGCGAGGAUUUGGCAGCACAGAGAGAUGACUCACUCAACGUGUCCAGGAGUUUUUCCCAGGAGAGCAGCUCCUGUCUGGAUCAGAAUGAUCGCGAUGCAAUUGAGGCCUUUUUCAACUCCGAAGACGACUUUAUCACACGCUUUAACAGUGGUGCAGGGGAGUUGAAGCGUGGAGUUUUUUUCGAGGAAGCGUCCUAG